AUGUCUGGAUACGCCGGCCGCAAGGCACCGAACGUGUCGCAGUACAUCCAGGAUCUCAACACCGUCCCAACGCCGCAGGAGCUGGCACAGCCCAAGGACAACUUCGCUCUCGACGACGAUCUCUCGCUGUUCACAAACACCGAGUUUUUCGACUUCGACCUGGGCACGUCGCUCCCGGACGUGUCGCAGGCGGCGGCGCUCGACAAGUUUGACCCGCACGCCGAGGAGCGUGCGCAGCGCCGCAACGCCUCGAUUGCAUCGUCGUACGGGGCGGCACCGCAGCAGCAGCAGAAGCAGAACAUGGACUUCAACUUCACUGGCGAGUUCCAAUCGCUGGACUUUUCCUUCCCCGUUGGCGGGCUGUCGGACCCCAACUUCCAGCACCAGCCGAACCCGUAUCCCGUCCAGCACCAGAACGGCACCAGCACCUCGUCGCCCAUCUCCGCCACCUCGCCGACCACGCCCGGCGCCGGCAAGCGCAAGCUCGAUGGCCUGACCCCGCAGGCCGCCCAAAACAUAUCCAUCGAGGAUGUCUCCCGCUACGCCGCCGAGGAGGACAAGCGCCGCCGCAACACGGCCGCCUCGGCCCGCUUCCGCAUCAAGAAGAAGCAGCGCGAGCAGCAGCUCGAGAAGACGGCCAAGGAGAUGACGGACAAGGUGUCGUCCCUCGAGAGCCGCGUCGCGCAGCUCGAGAUGGAGAACAAGUGGCUCAAGGGCCUCAUCACCGAGAAGAACGACGGCAAGAACACCAGCGAGUUCGCCGAGCUCUACCGCAAGUUUAUCGGCAACGACAUCAGCAAAGAGGAGAGAAGUAAGGGGGAGAACAAGGACGGCGUCGGCACCAAGAGCGAGGCCUAA